AGCUCACCAGGCGGACUCCGAGGAACAUGCUGUGGACCUUCUCUGCCUUUUAAAAAAGAGGAAAUCUUUUGAACAUGGCAGAAGCUCAGACUCACUGGCUUGGAACAGCCCUGUCUCUCAUCCCUUUAAUUUUCCUCAUCUCUGGAGCUGAAGCAGCUUCAUUUCAACGAAACCAGCUGCUUCAGAAAGAACCAGACCUCAGAUUGGAAAAUGCCCAAAGGUUCCCCAGCCCUGAAAUGAUCAGGGCUUUGGAAUACAUAGAAAAGCUCCGACAGCAAGCUCACAAAGAAGAAAGCAGCCCAGACUAUAAUCCCUACCAAGGUGUCUCUGCUCCCCUUCAACAAAAAGAAAAUGGUGAUGAAAGUCACUUGCCAGAAAGUUCAAAGGAUUCCCUGAGUGAAGAUGAAUGGAUGAAAAUAAUCCUUGAAGCUUUGAGACAGGCUGAGAAUGAGCCUCAGUCUGCACCAAAUGAAAACAAGCCCUAUGCCUUGAAUUCUGAGAAGAACUUUCCAAUUGACAUGCCUGAUGAUUAUGAGACUCAACAGUGGCCAGAGAGAAAGCUCAAGCACAUGCGAUUCCCUCCUCUGUAUGAAGAGAGCUCCAGGGACAACCCCUUUAAGCGCACAAAUGAAAUUGUGGAGGAACAAUAUACCCCUCAAAGUCUUGCUACACUGGAAUCUGUGUUCCAGGAGCUGGGAAAACUGACCGGACCAAACAACCAGAAGCGCGAGAGGGCUGACGAGGAGCAAAAACUUUACGCAGAUGAUGAAGAUGAUAUCUAUAAAGCCAAUAACAUUGCCUAUGAGGAUGUGGUUGGGGGAGAAGAUUGGAACCCAGUAGAGGAAAAAAUAGAGAGUCAAACUCAGGAAGAGGUAAGAGACAGCAAAGAGAAUAUGGAAAAAAACGAACAAACCAAUAAUGAAAUGAAGCGUUCAGGGCAGCCGGGCCUCCAGGAUGAAGAUCUCCGGAAAGAGAGUAAAGACCAACUGUCGGAUGAUGUCUCCAAAGUAAUUGCCUAUCUGAAAAGGUUAGUGAGUGCUGCAGGGAAUGGGAAGUUGCAGAAUGGGCAAAAUGGAGAAAGAGCAACCAGGCUUUUUGAGAAACCACUUGAUUCUCAGUCUAUUUAUCAGCUGAUUGAAAUUUCAAGGAAUUUGCAGAUACCCCCUGAAGACUUAAUUGACAUGCUCAGAACAGGAGAGAAACCAAAUGGAUCAGUGGAACCAGAGCAGGAACUUGAACUUCCUGUUGACCUAGAUGACAUCUCAGAGGUGGACUUAGACCGUCCAGAGAUGUUCCCAAAUAAGAUGCUCUCCAAGAAUGGCUACCCCAAGAUACCUGGUCGUGCUGUGACAGAGGCCCUACCAGAUGGGCUCAGUGUUGAGGACAUUUUAAAUCUUUUAGGGAUGGAAAGUGCUUCAGAUCAAAAGCCUCCAUAUUAUCCUGGUCAGUCUAACAGAGAGAAGGUUCUGCCGAGACUCUCCUAUGGCCCUGGAAGAUCGAGAGCAAACCAGCUGUCCAAAGGUGUCUGGAUGCCAGAUGUUGAAAACAGACAAAUGGCAUAUGAAAACCUGAAUGACAAGGAUCAAGAAUUAGGAGAGUACUUGGCUAGGAUGCUAGUUAAAUAUCCUGAAAUCAUGAAUUCAAACCAGAUGAAGCGAGCUCCCAAUCCAGUCUCAUCUGAAGAUGACCUACAGGAAGAGGACCAAAUCCAGCAAACCAUCAAAGAACACUUGAAUCAAGGAAGCUCUCAGGAGACUGACAAACCAGCCUCAGCCUCGGCCUCACUGAGCAAACGGCUCCCCAUGGGGCCCCUGAAGAAUGAGAAUGCCCCAAACAGACAGUACUUGGAUGAAGAAUUGUUAAUGAAAGUGCUGGAAUACCUCAACCAAGAAAAGGCAGAAAAGGGAAGGGAGCAUAUUACUAAGAGAGCAAUGGAAAAUAUGUAAGAGGCUUUCAUUAAAUGCCCCACUUUUACUCCUCCUACCCCAAGAAAACCCAAACAUUUCCCUUUUGUGUGUUGACUUCUAUCCUGUUAACACUGUAAUAUCUUUAACUGAUGCACAGGCAGGUGUCUCCAUUUCACUGGGGUGUCUGCUUCACUCACUCUGGUUUGUUUUCUUGUGUAUUGAUAUGUGUAAAUGUGAUGACUUCUGGAUAAAAAAGUAAUUAUAUCCCUUAUUUAAGAAAGAUAUCUACGAUAGUAUUUAAUAGUGUAUCUAAUGGUUGUGGCAUUGUGGAUGCUCACAUAUGAUAAAGAGUGUCUUAUAAUCUUGAAAGUUUUUAAUAUUUAUUGAAUUAUUUUGGUAUUGUCUGUAGUGUUUUGUGGAGUA